AUGUCCUGUUCCCUGUGUGUGUGUGUGUCAGAGCUGGGUUGCAGCCAGCAGCACAGAACCAAGGAAAGCAGCACAGUGAUGUUCCACGUGCUGUUUGUGUCCAGAGGAUAUAGGGAGGGAGAGGGAGUAAUAGAGAGAGGGACGGGAGAAGGGGGCAGAGAAAGGGAGGGUAGGAGAGUUGGAGGGGUGAGAUAUAAAGAAAGAAAGGGAUAGGAAAGAGAUGUGGAGAAGGGGCAGAGUGGGAGGGAGAGGUGGAGAUAAUGAGUGAGGGGGAGGAAGAAAUGUAGGGGGAAGGAAUGUUUCAGGGUUGGCUGUGUUUUUGUUUUUCCAUAUCAUCCCAUCUUCACUCAAUGGGGGUGGAGUAAUGGGCUGUGUGUGUCUCCUCUCAGAUGCCAAUAGCUGACUGAGCUUCAAGUAGGACCAGACUUUCACCUCAUCACAUCUCAGCUCCAGCCCUGUGCCUCAAACCUACUGUACCUAGUCCUGCAAUAGCCCUAUAUACAGUACCAGAAACAACAACAUUCUAUGGCAGCCAUGUUAGCGCACCAUUUACAUUAAAUGGGGAAUAUUUAAAUAAUGCUUUGUACCUGAAUGUCUAGAAUGAGAACAAUAUUCAAUAUUCUAAAUACCUGGCUCUGGUACAGACACAGCCCCUCUCUCCCUGCUCCUAUAAGCCUCAUACCCAACCCUCCCAACCAUAUGACAUUUACACAGCUUCACCUCAAAGAUCACAGCCUGCAUGUGUUUCACCUCCUCUUUUGAAGUUUUGUUUCUGUAAAUAUUGAUGUAGCACUCUUGUUAAUACCUAGAACCCUGCGGAAUAAGGGGCUCACUGUGCUAGCCUGUAACCUCUCAGCCCGACACUACACCAGUGGUGUGUGUGCGUUUGCUUUAGCUUGAGCUCUGGAAUAUUUCGUCACAGGAUGUGAGAUCAUGUAUGGUCUGUGAGGUCACAUCCUGUCUGGCAGUUAGGAUACAGGGUUGUAGCUGUAUUUGAUGAUUAAAUGCCCUUUUUUCUUCCUCCCCUCCCCCUUACUCCUCCUCCUGCUCCUCUUCCGUCUGUUGAUGGUAUCGAUUCAUCCCCUCAGGCAGUCUCCACUCUUCCUCAUCCCCCUCUUCCUACGCCUCCUCCCUCCCACAAAGUUAAAAGAUAUCUGUCUGUGACAGAACCUCCUCUGGUCCCUGUCAUCCUGCUAGAGCUGCUGACUGGGCUGACCGAGGCUGACCUGUCCCACACUGCCUUGCUGCUUUGUUUGGGUUUGAAACUCAGGGCAGGGUAUCAGUUGUCCAGCGGCCUGGCAGGGGUUCAGAGGAACAAAUGAAGAAAACACGUUCCUGGUUAGAUUUGACACAGGUGUACAAGCAAUGGUCUUGUACUAUUAUAUUCCUAAGAAAAGCAGAAGCCUUUCUACCCCCAUAACAUGAACAAUCUGUCACAGUAACAUUGUUUGUGCCCAGGCGUGCCAGCUUAAACAAGAGUCUUUGAACUCAAGUUGAACAGGGUGGAUCAGAUCAACAGAUCACUUCAGAGGAGGAGGGAUGAAGAGUGAGAUGAACUGAUUCCUUUUGAGCAGGAUUAAGGAAGGAUUGAGGGGUUGUAUGAAUAGAUAUACUGUAUUUGGAGGAGGAAGGAUGGAGAGAGAGAGUGUGAUGAACAGAUGCUUUUGAAGAAAGGAUGGAAACUUGUGUUCACACUUGGAGCGAUCAUGCGUUCCCCUGGACCUGUUUACCAGUAGUUUCCAGAGAGCUUCCUGCCUCCUGUGGCUUUAUAGACUUCCUAGAGCAGCAUACAGACUCUCUAGGCCUUACCUCUCCUCAUAAACAACACAAACAGGCAGGCUAGUGGUGGCGGGAACCAUAGCCUCCUCUCUCCACAGACCUACUAGAUCUAAUACAGGGUAGAAUGUAAGAAGUGAACGCUGGAUUAGUGGUAAUGUAAGAUAAACACUCAUUAUGCUGUCUACCUGACUUUUUGAUUGUAUCAGCUCUCUUUCUUUCCCCUCUGUCUGUCUCUUUCUGGGGGUUAAUCCCUCCCUCAAUCAGCUCUAAGGCACACACGCAUACUCUCUCUCUCACUGUCUCUCUCUCUCCAUCGUCUGCAGACUGGACUAAAACUUUAGGGGGCCCUCAGGAGAAUUAGGGGCCUGUGUGCGCAUGCGUGUUUUUCUCCUGCUUUCAGGGCACAAGGCCCUCAGUCACUCUCUUGUUCUCGGGCCUCUCAGCUUGUCAGCCAAGUAGAAAUGUAGGUCACAAACACAGUUCCAUACAAAGAACAUAGUUUGACAGUUGGGACACUUUGCACCAGCCUGGGAGGUGUGUGUGUGUGUGGGGGGUCAACUCUCCUUGUGUGGAACAGGCAGGGUUUGGAUAAAGGAGAGUAGGAAAAGGGGAAUCACACAAGUGAAUGUCCCUCUCUGUGCUCUGUAUGACAUCACAUUGUGUCAAAUUUGACUGUGUUUCCUGUACCCUGUGAUGCCACUUAUUGUAAACCGCAUGACGCUACGCGUGCUGUACCUCAUGAUCUGUGUGGCGUUUAGAAAACGGGCCUAUACACACCCAGUCAACAGGCCUAGUCCAGAAACCCAUUCAAACUAAUACAAGCCAAGAACAUUGAGAACAACACUCACUUCACCAUCACCUCUCUGGAUAAUUAUUGAUGGUCUCUGUGUUUCAUGUUGUUAUGCAUUGUGUUCUGUAUAUGCCUUGUUCACCAGACAGACAAUGGCUUGUAAGUCCGUAAGGCUUGAAGGAUAUAACCCAAAGUUAUAACACAAUUCAUGAACCCUUGAUACCCUCCUUUGUAAGCCCUGUUGAUAAGCCUUCUCUUUCUCUCCUGUCUGCAGUAUGCCUUCAAUGACCUGAGUGGCUCAGUGUCUCUGGCCUGGGUGGGAGAUGGCACAGGGGUAAGUAGAGUGUAAACUGUGUGUGUGUGUGUGUGUGUGUGUGUGUAUACGUAGACCUGUGUGUGUUCUGUAAAGUGUAUGUCCACCUGUAAAGCCUGUGUUGUCUCUCCACAGGUGCUUCUCGUGCUGACCACAUUCCAGGUGCCUGUCUUCAUGAUUCGCUUUGGCCAGUCUAAACUCUACCGCAGGUCAGAAACACCAGAUACAGGAGAUAAGGGUCCACUUUUACCAGUCUCAACUCAUCAGGGAUUUCAUUUCACAUUCACUUUUGGGGUCGCCCUUAAAAUAGUGGAGCUAUGAUACUUUUAAUAUAAGGAUUCCUGAUUUGUAAUGGGAGUGCCCAGUAGGUCAUUUGUACAUUGUUCCCCACUUUCUGUCUGUCUCUCUCUCUCUCGCUCGCUCUCUCUCCCAGCCAGGACUAUGGGAAGACAUUCCAGGACGUGACCCACCUGAUCAACAACACCUUUGUCCAGACUGAGUUUGGCAUCGCCAUUGGUCCCGACAACUCUGGCAGGGUCAGUACUUCUGCCCUUCAUGGCUACGUAAUGUAGACCUCUGACUGAACAGACAUAUUCUGUCUGUAUAGACUGUAUUGUACCUAGAGGAUUCAGUCAACAGAUGCACAGCUCCAGUAAUCAAACUAGUCUUUGUUUCUCUCUGGUACUACUACAUUGAGUUAUAAUUGCUCUGAUUGCCCAGAGAUUGAACACACCUGGUUUCCCAAGUAAACCAGGUCCCUGUCUCCCUGUAUUGGUGAUCUAUUGUCUCCCUUAGUGAUCUCCAGGGUUCUCCUCUGAUCCACUGUCUCUCUGUCCUCCAGGUGAUCAUGACAGGUGAUGUGUCAGAGGGAGGGGGAUCUCGGAUUUUCCGCUCGCUGGAUUUUGGACAUAGUUUUUCCCCGGCGGACCUCCCCUUCUUUCCUCUGAUUCAGACACUGUAUAACCCCAACGACAGCAACGUGCUACUGACCCUCAGCAUCACGGUACAUAACACUGACCUCUGACCCCUAACCCUGACCCUCAGCAUCAUUGUACAUAACCCUGACCUCUAACCCCUAACCCCUAACGCUUGAUUAAGGCAGCCUCAGAGGGAUUGGGUUAAAUGCAGAAGACACAUUUCAGUUGAAUGCAUUCAGUUGUACAACUGACUAGGUAUCCCCCUUUCCCUUUCCUCUUUUAAUAUGUUCUGUUUUUUCAUCCCCCUCUCCUCUCCUCCAGUUGGACCUGUGGCUGUCUGAAGACUUUGGCUCCACCUGGAGGAAGAUCCAUGACAGCGUGUGUCUGGUCAGAUGGUGAGAGCUUCCAUCAACCAAUUCAUUAAUCAAUCAGUAACAAUGGAUGUUUUUUAUGAUCUUGUUUACUUCCAAAAAAACGUCUACGUCCUCUAGCUCCAUAUUCCAAUAGCAUAUAUUUUACCUCUGAAUCUCCCCUACCCAGCUACAGGAGUUAUGUGAGGGUCUGUGUGUAUGCAUUUGAAAGUGAAUGUCUCUGUGUGUGUGUGUGUGUGUGUGUGUGUGUUUGACUUUAUUGUUGUUAUUCCAGCUGUCUUGCCUGUCAGUUGUGACCACAUAUUUGACUCCAGUUUCAGUGCAGCAACAGAAGUUCAGAUCAGGCCAAAGAGCCAGGCUGUGGUAGUUACUGCACAGUCAUCGCCUCGCACAGCAUUCUGGGAACUCUGUGGCCACAGCUUCAAUUGGAGCUCUGACCAGAAUGUGUUACACAAGCAUUUUGGGUUCCCAGGACAGUGAAUCAGGAGUCAGCAGAAUAGUGUAUAUUCAUUCCACAACCCUUGGUAGAGGCCAGUUUUACAGUGGGUUGGUGAAUAUUGUCACUUCAGCAGCAGUUGAGUGACACCUCAGUCAGGUGGGAACCAGAUGUUUUCAUUCCUUUUAAAGGGGUGUCACGGUGGGAUGAGUCCAUAUUCCACACCAUCUGUUUUGUAUAACCCUGCUACAUGUAUAUGCAUCAGGAGAAAUGUACCGGCCUCAAUCCCCAGUGAAUUGGAAAGAUCUCUGUCCGUCUCUCUCUCGCGCUUUUUCUCUCUCUCUCUCUCGUCUGCCUCUGUCUCUCUUUUUGUGUGUGUUGUCUAAAGGUCCGUCUGUCUGUGUGAUCCUAGGGGUCCUGUGGACAGCAUCUACUUCACCACAAACUCUAAUGGAUCCUGCAGUGAGUAGACCAUGACUACAGUAACACAACCUCAUGUCAACACAACACAAAUAACAACAAAUAACUCACUAACAGUAGAAUAAUUGAGCCAGAUAUCUGUCCAGAGAGACUGCACUAACAAUAACACAGCCACACGAUUCACAAUACACAACAGCACACACAAUGAUACACUACAUGACCAAAAGUAUAGGGACACCUGCUCGUCGAACAUCUCAUUCCAAAAUCAUGGGCAUUAAUAUGGAGUUGGUCCCCACUUUGCUGCUAUAAAAGCCUACACUCUUCUGGAAAGGCUUUCCACUAGAUGUUGGAACAUUGCUGCGGGGACUUUCUUCCAUUCAGCCAGAAGAUCAUUAGUGAGGUCGGGCACUGAUGUUGGGUGAUUAGGCCUGGCUCGCAGUCGCCGUUCCAAUUCAUCCCAAAGGUGUUCGAUGAGGUUAAGGUCAGGGCUAUGUGCAAGGCCAGUUAAGUUCUUCCACACUGAUCGACAAACAAUGUCUGUAUGGACCUCGCUUUGUGCACGGGGGCAUUGUCAUGCUGAAACAGGAAAGGGCCUUCCCCAAACUGUUGCCACAAAGUUGGAAGCACAGAAUCGUCUAGAAUGUCAUUGUAUACUGUAGCGUUAAGAUUUCCCUUCACUGGAACUAAGGGACCUAGCCCGAACCAUGAAAAACAGCCCCACACAAUUAUUCCUCCUCCACCAAACUUUACAGUUGGCACUAUGCAUUGGGGCAGGUAGCGUUCUCCUUGUAUCCGCCAAACCCAGAUUCGUCCGUCGGACUGCCAGAUGCGUGAUUCAUCACUCCAGAGAAGGUGUUUCCACUGCUCCAGAAUCCAAUGGCGGCGAGUUUUAUGCCACUCCCAGCCGACGCUUGGCAUUGAGCAUGGUGAUCUUAGGCUUGUGUGCGGCUGCUCGGCCAUGGAAACCCAUUUCAUGAAGCUCCCGACAAACAGUUAUUGUGCUGACGUUGCUUCCAGAGGCAUUUGGGAACUCAUUAGUGAGUGUUGCAACCAGACGAUCUUUAUGCGUUUCAGCACUCGGCGGUCCCGUUCUGUGAGCUUGUGUGGCCUACCACUUUGCGGCUGUGCCGUUGUUGCUCCUAGACGUUUCCACUUCACAAUAGCAGCACUUACUGUUGACCGGGGAAGCUCUAGCAGGGCAGAAAUUUGAUGAACUGACUUGUUGGAAAGGUGGCAUCCUAUGACUGUGCCACGUUGAAAGUCAUUGAGCUCUUCAGUAAGGCCAUUCUACUGCCAAUGUUUGUCUAUGGAGAUUGCAUGGCAGUGUGCUCGAUUUUAUACACCUGUCAGCAACGGAUGUGGCUGAAAUAGCCAAAUCCACUAAUUUGAAGGUGUGUCCACAUACUUAUGUAUAUAUAGUGUAUAUAGAUUAGCAAAUAAUCUCUAACUUUGGACUGAUAACAAUCAUAUGUGUUUUGACUUUUCUCUUUCCCUCUCCCCCUUCAGAUGAUAAGGGCAUGUUGGAGCUGAAGAGGUCUCUAGACUAUGGCAAGAACAUCAAGACCAUCGCCAGCAAGAUCUACUCCUUCGUACUGGGAGGACGCUUCGUCUUUGCCUCCAUCAUGACUGGCUCGGUGUGUGUGUGUGUGUGUGUGUGUGUGUGUGUGUGUGUUGUGUUACGUUGGUAUGUUUGUCCCUCUAUGUGUGUUUACACAGUAAAGUCUGUGUGUGUGUUCCUCAGGGUACCCAGCGUAUGAUCCAUGUGUCAGUAGAUGGUGGUGACUUGUGGAACAUGGCUCAGCUCCCUACCGUCGGCCAUGAGCAGUUCUACUCCAUAUUGGCAGCCAGCGACGACAUGGUGUUCAUGCACGUAGACGAACCUGGAGGUCAGUCAGAACACACACACACAAUUAUGGAUUAAGAUUAUCUUUCUUAGAUGUGUGUCUUUGUUAAGAUCUCGCUUCUCCCUUUCUGUCCUCCCAGAUAAAGCCUUCGUCUACAUGACAAUAGAUGAUUGAUUACGCUUUAUUUACUUUGUGAAACAUUGUGACAGACACUGGCAUAGGGACCAUCUACAUAUCAGAUGACAGAGGAACGCUCUACUCCAAGUCUCUGGAGCGCCACCUCUACACGGCCACAGGGGGCGACACUGACUUCACCAACGUCACCUCGCUCAGGGGCGUCUACAUGACCAGCGUACUCACAGAGGGUGGGUCUACACUGCCACACAUGGACACACAGACACACAGUUUUGGUGAAGUGUUUUUCUAUGCAGUCUGACCACCCCCCUCCCCUCCCUCUGUAGACGGCUCAGUGGAGACUGUGGUGUCGUUUGACCAGGGGGGGGAGUGGCGGCCGCUACAAAGGCCUCGGAACAGCCCCUGUGACGCUGAGACCACCACCAACCGUCCGGACCGAGUGAGACACACACACACACACAACCCUGUGAUUAUAAAUGUGUGCUUUAGCAAUACUGUAUAUACCUUUGUAUUUCAUGGCAACCUUUGUAUUUCAUUAGUGUUUUGUCCUUGUCCCUUAUCCUCUCUGUGUGUCUACAGUGCAGCCUGCACAUCCACGCCUUAUACAGCAUCUCUAUGAAGAUGAACGUCCCUCUGCUGCCCCUCACACAGUCCAACGCUAUAGGCCUCAUCCUGGCUCAUGGUAACACACACAAUACACACCAGACAUACUCACCGCGGUCUGGAUCCGGACCCAGAACGGGGUUCAUUUCUAUUUAUCUUUUCAACUUACUGCUGUUGAGAGUUGUAAUAGUAGAAUGUACAAGGUGGAAUGGAGAAAUGUGGAAGUGCAUGGGCAGUUAUUUCAUUCAAUGUCAGAAAUGUCCAGUUAAUCAAAUAGCCCCCUCAAACUCAACUCUGGACCUCGAAGCCAGUUCCACUUCAUUGUUCCCCUCUAAUCAGGGACUGACUUACACCUGGCACACCAGAUGGGUGCAAUUAAUUAUCAGGUAGAUCCGAAAACCAGCAGUUGCCGGAACUCGUUGGGGUAAGAGUCGAAUACCUCUGACACUAGCGCAUGUUAGCUUGGUAGCUGGUUAGCCCAACUUACCUAUCUAAAUAUUGUAGUUAUCAUAGCCAGAUUACAUGCCCAGGGGCCUCCAUUGAUUUUGUUGAGUCACUCCAGUAUCAUAUGAACACACAAGACAUGGCAAAAUGUGUAGAAUUGCAGGAAAUGAGCUUUAAAACAGCAACAUUUUCUCUCUGCCAAUAAGAGAAGUGUGAACAGACUGAUCAGUUUGGGGUUGCAUGGAUUGUGAGGUGGAGGUUUGUUACUACGCCAAUAAAUGACAAUAUCCAUCCGGAUCUUUGCCACCUUCGAACGUCUUAUACACAGAGCCCAAAAAUAACACAAACACAGGCUCACCCUAUGGAGCACUAGAGUAAUGGAACAUUCAUAUCCCUAUUCCUUCACUCCCCUCGCUGUCUCUCUUUCUCUGUCUCCAGGUAGUGUGGGUGACCCAGCGUCUGUGCUGUCUCCUGAUGUGUAUGUGUCUGAUGAUGGGGGCUACUCCUGGCUGAGAGCAUUAACCGGACCCCACCACUAUGCCAUCCUAGACUCUGGAGGCCUAUUGGUGGCUGUCGAACACACAUCUGCACCCGUCAACCAGAUCAAGUGAGUGAAAGAGAGAGAGACAGACUGAAAUGGAGGAGGUUCUCCCAUUUCAAAUCUUUGCACUCAGGUUGAUAAUGAUGCUGAGGACUUUUCCCCCUCCACCUCCCACUCCUCCUCCAUCUCCCCUGCAGGUUUUCCACAGACGAGGGCCAGUGUUGGCAUGUGUAUAACUUCACCAGUGAGCCGCUGUAUUUCACAGGGCUGGCGUUGGAGCCUGGAGCCCGCUCUAUGAUCCUCAGCCUGUGGGGGUACAGAGUGGGCCUGCAGGGUCCCCUCAGCCAGUACUGGGUCUCUGUUACCAUCGACUUCAAACAGCUACUCUCCACAGACUGUGAGUGGACUGUGUGAGUGCGUGCAUGUGUACAUGUGCUUGUGAUUGCGUUUGUGUGUGUUUGUGGCUGUGCUUACUGGUCUGUGUCCCCCUGCAGGUGGGGAGGGGGACUACGUUCAGUGGUUGGCGCACUCUGAUGACCUCAGCAACCCCAGUGACGGAUGCAUUCUGGGAUAUAAGGAGCAUUUCCUGCGGCUGAGGAAGGAUUCUGUCUGCUGGAACGGACGUGAUUAUGUCAUCACCACCCAGCCCACCCCCUGCCCCUGCACGCUGGACGACUACCAGUGGUCCGCACCUCAUAAACCUUCCCUUCUAUGUUACUACUCACUCUCUCUUUACCUUUAAUUUUGCUCCCUUUCCUCCCCUCACCCAUUCAGAGGGGUUGGGUUAAAUGUGGAAGACCCAUUUCAGUUGAAUGCAUUCAGUUGUGCAACUGACUAGGUAUCCCCCUUCCCUUUCCCUUAUCUCGUCCAUCUUUCACCAUCACCUCUCUAUCUCUCCUUGUGUUCAAGCAAACAACUGACAUAUGCAUCUCUCUCGCUCUCGGUCUGUCUGUCUCUGUCUGUUGUAGUGACUAUGGGUACUACCGUGCAGAGAACAGUUCUGAGUGUGUGGAGCAGGCAGACCUGAAGGGCCAUGUUCUGGAGUUCUGUCUUCACGGCACCACAGAACAGCUGCAGACCAGCGGGUAAGGAGCUCACCUCACCACAACUAAAAACACACAGCUGUUGCACAGCAUAAGUAAAUAUUGUCACUGUCUCUCUCUCCUUCCAUUUUUCACUCUUUCUUCUGCUCUCCAUCCUAAAGCUACCGGAAGAUUCCAGGCGACCGGUGUGAGGGCGGGAUCCAGCCUAAGAGGAAGGAGAUUGAUCUGAGGAGAAACUGCAUCAGCAAUGCACUCCACCCAAAACCCCUGGUCAGUGGUAGCAUUCCUGAUACAGCAUCUGGUAAAGUCUUUGUCAGGCUCAAGGAGUAGGAAAUACCAUUCAAGACUUAAGUUAACACCCCUCUCCUUCUCUCCCUCUCUCUCUCUCUCUCUCUCUCAGACUGAGGCCAACUUGUUAAGCUCUGCCUCUAUAGUACUGGUUGUAAUGGUGAUUCUGCUCAUCAGUGCUGCCACAGGGGUUAUGCUCAUCAAGAAAUAUGUCUGCGGAGGGAGGUCAGUUUACCUCAUCUAUCUCCUCCCCAACCUUUAUCCUCCCUGUGUGUACAGUAUGUGACUGUGUGGUUAUCUUUCUCAGGUUCCUGGUACACAGAUACUCAGUGCUACAGCAGCAUGUGGAGGCCAAUGGGAUAGAGGGAGUGGAUGAACUGGACACACACACCACCGAGAUGGGCAAAACACACUACCACGAAGACUCAGAUGAGGUACACACACUACUAGCAUACACAGACACACACAGUUUUUGUGUGACACAGCGAUUCUGUGUACAGUACAUUACUAGUACAUUCCUGCUCUUGUCCUGCCUCAUGCACUCGGCUCUGUUAGUGUUUUUCCUCACAAUAUUCUCUCUCUCAUUGUGUGUGUGUGUGUUUGUGUGCGAAUAUCUUUGUACGUGUGUGUUUUCCCGCCCAGGACCUCUUGGAGUGAGAAGCGAGCUGCGAGAGACUUAAUCCGCCACCCUGACAGCCUACACAAGACUACUCCCUCCCAGCAUUGCCUCUCCUCCUCCUGCCGCCACUAACACUGCAGCUGCUCUGAGACUCCACUCAUACUCAAUGACUGCGAACAGUUCUUACAUACCUCUUCCCUUCCCAAGGACACUGGCACUAAAGAGAUUUAUCAUGUCCUGCAGAGGGCUGGAGAGCAGUGGGGCAGGGGGCUGGGGGCCUGUGGAGGGGAGCGCGGAGGAGAGCUUUUGUGUCCUCAAUGA